ACUGCACCGACCAACUACAACACUAGCAGGCGGCGAAGGAGGCGUGUGUGUGACAGUCCGCCAACAUCGCCUUCGGCUGGCCGAAAACAACCCCAGUGUGUGUUGGCGUUCAGUAAAACAGCAGCCGUGCCCCGCCGCGCCCCCACCCCCAGCGGAGCCGUCAUGUGGCAGGAGGCCCGCAAGCAUGAGCGCAAGCUCCGUGGCAUGAUGGUAGAUUACAAGCGCCGAGGAGAGCGGCGGCGAGAGUACUAUGAGAAGAUAAAAAAAGAUCCAGCUCAGUUUCUCCAGGUUCAUGGCCAAGCAUAUAAGAUCCAUCUGGAUCCUGCUGUGGCGCUGGCUGCAGAGAGCCCCAUCAACAUGAUGCCGUGGCAAGGAGACGCCAACAAUAUGAUUGACAGGUUUGAUGUGAGGGCUCACUUGGACUACAUCCCCACCUACACACCUCCACUGCUCAGCACAUCAACACCAGAGCAGGAGAUGGAGGAGAGGAAGUGCAACUAUGAGCGAUACAGAGGCCUGGUGCAGAAUGACUUUGCCAACAUCUCUGAGGAGCAGUGUUUAUACCAGAUCUACCUGGAUGAGCUCUACGGUGGUCCCCAGAAACCAAAUGAGGACGAGAAGAAAAAACUGGCUGAAAAGAAGGCCACCAUUGGUUACACCUAUGAAGACAGCACUGUGACGGAGCCCGACCCCCAAUCAGACAAAGAUGAAGACAAUUCGGAGAACAGUGAAUCCGAAGAGGACGAGGGCAUCCCAGAUAUUGAUGUGGAGGUUGAUGUCGAUGAGCUUAACCAGGAGCAGGUGCUUGACAUAAACAAAAUGGCAACCACAUAUGGAAUGUCUGAAGGGGACUUUGUCAGGAUGUUGAGGAAAGACAAGGAGGAAGUGGAGGCCAUCAAACAUGCCAAGGCUCUGGAGGCGGAGAAGGCCAUGUACUCUGGCCGGCGUUCUCGCAGACAAAGGAGAGAGUUCAGAGAGAAGAGACUAAAAGGUAGACAGAUCAGCCCACCAAGCUAUGCCAGAAGAGACAGCCCAACAUAUGAUCCUUAUAAACGACCAGAGUCAGAGUCGAGCUCUGAGUCACGGUCACGCUCUCGUUCUCCUGGUCCAGAGAAGAUCACCUUCAUCACCAGCUUUGGAGGCAGCGAUGACGAAGCGGCAGCAGCGGCGGCAGCAGCAGCAGCAGCAGCAUCACAAACAGCCGCUCCUCACUCUGGACACGUCUCCUCCAGCGUGCAGCACCCUGCAGGUCAUAGCAGGGGCUCCCGGAGACGGCGAUCUUCCUCCAGUCGCUCCCCUUCCUCCUCCUCCCGCUCCUCAUCUCGGUCUUCGUCUCGCUCUUCUUCCCAUUCACGCCGCACCCGACGUGGACGCGGGGGAAGGGAUGGGCGGCGAUCCUGGACCCGAUCACGGUCGAGACGGCGCUCCAGAUCUCACUCCCGAGGUAGAGGAGGGAACGGAGGGGCCGGAUCCUGGAGGAGACGUGACAGGACACGAUCACGUUCACACGACAGAGACAGAGAGAGGGACAGAGACAGGGACCGGGACAGGAGACGAUACUCGGCACGCAGACGGACAAGGUCACCUUCCAGCUCACGACAAGGGGGCAGUUCGAGGCGAGGGGCUCGGAGCAGUGGAGGCCACCGGCGGGGAGACAGCGGCAGCCGCAGUCCCUCUCAGUCCCCCAGCCGCCCCAACCACAGUCCCUCCCCUCACAGAGGAGCCCAGCCCUCUUCCAACACCAUCUGUGACAAACUAAGAAAGCCUGAUACUGCGGGUGGUAAAGAGACGGGAGCUGCCAAACCCAAGAUGACCCCACAGGAGCGGCUCAAGCUACGAAUGCAGAAGGCGCUCAACAAGCAGUCCAAGGCGGAUAAAAAAGCUGCUCAGGUGAAGAUCCAGCAGCAGGAACACAAACGACAGGAGCGAGAGGGAGAGCUACGAGCCAUGGCACGCAAGAUACGCAUGAAGGAGCGUGAGAGACGUGAGAAAGAGAGGGAUGAAUGGGAGAGACAGUACGGGCGACAGAGCCACUCGCCUUCUCCUUCCAAAUAUGGCCGAGAGCACAACUCACACAGAAGGAGGUCGAGGUCUCGGUCACGGAGUCCAUACUACAGAUACUGAGCUUGGGAAAAUAUCCCCCAGUUGUCAUGCACACACACUGUCCAACAAACAGCCUAUCACAUGGAAAUAUGAAGAGAGGAACUGUGACACAGAUCUGUACCUGAGCAUUGUGUUCUCUGGUGUGUGUCUGCAGAAUAACACGUUUUGACUGUGGUACCUUUUAGUUUCACUAAUCACACAGCCGACUGGCUGAGCCAAGCUGAGUUUGAUCUGCCUCCUUUUUUUCAUUUUUGUUUCAUCUUGUAAAGCAACUGCAGGUUUAUUAAAUUAGUUUCUUCUGCAUGCUCCUUUUUUUUUCUUUUUCUGCCUGAACACUUCCUCUCAACUCGUCUGGAGACAUUUGUAUUUCAAAGUACAUGAUACUAUAAGCAAUAUCUCACCUAUUACCUCGCGUCGUCUUCAUGUCAGCCUUUUACUUUUCUCUAACAAGGAACGCUCACACUAAAAGACCAUUUUAAACUUUCAUGAGCUGAUGUACAGGAUAUUUAUAUGCAUCCAUUGGAAACUUCUUUGUUAAAGAAAAUGUAUUCAGUCAUCGACUGCUCUUUUAUACUCUGUCCUCUUCCAACCGGUUAACAGCAGUAAAUAACUUUUUGUUCUCAGUAAUGUGGAAUGUUAAAUACAGAACAAGAAAUAAACUGACUUUGAAAUUAU